UACUCCAAUCGCCCAACACACUGAACAUACCCCAUAACAUUGAAUUUGACAAUUCAUAUCUGUGAAAAACUGAACGUAAACCAACAAACAGAGAAAAAACAGAGAGGAAGGAAAAAAUACUAGAAAAUCUGGGAAAAUACAUAAAAAAAUUGCAAAUAUCCUUAAAAUAACAAAACGAAAAGCCCAAAAACGUGUAACAAAAGUGCAAUAUCCACAAAAAACAACAACUAAAACAAUUCAUUUACUAAACGCAAUAAAAAGUUAACAGCUGGUGGAAAAAUAAAAGAAAAAACAGAAAAUCAAGAAUGGAUGUCAUUAAUAAAUUCUAUUCAACAGUACACACCACCGUUUCACAAUUAUCGGGUGUCCUGCCAGGAAACAACGUUACCCGAGAAUAUGAAGUGCUCGAUCAAGUUUGCACAGCUGGGGUGGGUCUGCUGUGGAAAGUCUACAACGGAUACAAGAAAUCAACGAAACAGGAAGUGUCGGUGUUUGUGUUCGAAAAGAAAGCUUUGGACCGAUGGUCCAAGGAGGACCGCGAAGCAAUUCUAGAAACAUUACGCAGAGGUGUACAACAAUUGACAAAGAUACGCCAUCCUCAUGUCUUGACGGUGCAACAUCCUUUGGAGGAGAGUCGUGACUCAUUGGCCUUUGCCACAGAACCAGUUUUUGCUUCCUUGGCUAAUGUUGUGGGCGAUCAAGUGAGGGCGGAAAAGAAACUCUACGAUGUUGAGAUACGCCAUGGCCUGCUCCAGCUGUUUGAUGGUUUGCAAUUUCUACACAACGAUGCCAAGAUUGUUCAUCGUAAUAUAUGUUGUGCAGAAACAAUUGUGAUUAUUAAGAAUCGUAGCUGGAAAUUAUUUGGUUUUGAUUUCUGUGUUGCCAAUCAACCUCAGCCGGAUGGUAAACCCUACUGACCAAGCAAUGAAUAUUCGACAUCUAUGCAUAUGUUAGCCCAGCCAAGUUUGGAAUAUACGACACCGGAAAUUGCCUUGAAUAAUAUUAAUUCUACGGAUAGUGAUCUGUUUUCUUUGGGUAUUCUGAUUUUUAUCAUCUAUGCUGGAAAACCAUUGAAACUAUUCGGUUCGGACUAUAGUGCAUUUCGAAGGCAUGCCAACGAUUUGAAUCAGCGCAAGUAUCCACCCAUGAAUGCUGUACCCAGUCCUCAUUUGAGGCCUAAGUUGCAUGAUCUUAAAGAGGUAACCUAUUUCCAUGACGUUGGCGUGAAGACCCUUAGCUAUUUAGAUUCCCUCUAUCAAUGGGAUAACUUACAAAAAUCCAAAUUCUACAAAGGCUUACCACAAAUAAUACCCACACUACCGCGUGUCAAUCUCUAUUCAAUCCUACCAUAUUUGGUCAAGGAAUUUGUCAAUUCACCUAUGCUCCCAUUCGUUUUGCCCAAUGCCUUGCUCAUUGCCGAAAUGAGUAGCCAAAAAGAAUACUGUGACCAUAUCCUACCCCACCUAAAGCCAAUAUUUAAGAUAACAAACCCAAAGAUGCUGCAAAAAUUUUGGCUGCUGAAUUGGAGAAAGGUUCAUCGGGCAAAGUCACAUCGCCUUCGAAUGAUGAUGAUAUGUUUUCGAAAUUUUCAAUUAGUCAGCCACCAGUAAAUAAGCCUAACAGUUCUACUUCAGCAAUAACAACCAAUCAACAAAACAACAAACCAAGAGAGCAGUUGAAGAUCUCCCACAACAAUUCGGCCACACCGGAUAUAUUAUCAUCUCUAAUGAAUAGUGCCAAUCCGUUGGUAAUGAAUCAUCAAUUACCACCACCUUCCACAGCGAACAUGAGUACAACGGCUUCAACCACACCCAUUAAUAAUUUCUCUUCAUUGAAUGAUUUAGAUCCAUUUGAGGGCAAUAAACAAUCACAAAAAAAAAAACAACCCAAGUCUAGUUCAACAACAGCCAAUUCAUUUAUACUGCAAAAACCAACGGUCGAUUACAUUUAUCCACCCGGCUAUAAUGGCUAAAAUCGUCAAAACACCGAAUAUCGGGGGCAUCGUUAUAUGGGGGCUAUACGAAAUCGUGGACCUAUACAGAUGAUCUUCCAGGGGAUAAAGUACCUACAAGGAACUCCUUAUGUGGAAUUUCAGACAAUUCCGUUGAAAAAUGUGACUAGCAUCAUCAAAAAACAGAA